GAAUUCUGUAAACUGUGGAGAGUACUUCGGAAGACCUGCCGCUUUGUAAUUGCUUAGUAACAUGACAUGAAGCAGUUGCUGAAAGAAGUAUCUCUGAAUGGAGAAGAUGAUCUGCAGGAUCCUGCUGCUCAUCAGCCUCAACUGUGUCUGUGGAACAUUUGUAGUGAAUGUGACACAGACCUCCUAUCAGGCAGAGGAGAACCACAACAUCACACUGGAAUGGACGUUCACACCCACAGCUGACACUUCCCCCGACUCCCUUGUAAUAUUCUGUGAGAUGAGAACUGAUCACACAGUCUUAGUCCUGUUUUUACUACAUGGAGGUGUUGUGGUCCCAGAGUCUCAGGAUCAACAGUUUGUAGGACGAGUCCAGUUGGACAAAGAUGCCCUCAGUGACGGACGACUCAGACUUCAUAUGUCCAGACUCAGGACUGAGGACUCAGGCUGGUACCUGUGUGAUGUGAGGACAAACUAUGGUGUGGACUCUGGUGAAUGUCGGCUCAACGUCUCUGCAGCGAGGGAUUGGCCCGAACCUGAGAGACCCAACACAGACACACCUGAGAGACCCAACAGUGAGAGAGCGAACAGGGUCAGUUGGGGAAUGAUCUUCCUCUGUGGACUGGGACUGACAGCAGCAGUGGCAUUGUGUGGUGUCUUCUUCGCCUUUGUUCAUGUGUUUAUUCAUAUGUCUUGUCUAAGAAACAGAGUCCAGUGGAGACAAUUUUACAGCUAAGCAGGAUCAAGGAAAGAGUUUGAUCCACAACUUAAUGAUUUUUAACAACAGUGAUAGCUGAACAGGGUCAGUUGGAUAUGGAUUACCCUCUACUGUGAACUGGGACUGACAGCAGCAGUGGUCGUUGUGUGGUUUCUUUGUCGCCUUUUAUUUAUUCACUGUCUAAGAAACAAAGUCCUGUGGAGGAUUAUAGAAAGGUUACAGCUCAGCAGGAUCAGUGGAAACGGUUGAAACACAUCCUGCCUUUUGUUCAGUAAGUGUCUGUAAUAAAAGAGUCAGAGGAGAUAAACAAUAAUGGAGUUGAUCAAGGAAACCUUGUUCUUCACCUUUGUUGUCCAUUAUUUUGACUACUACACAUCAGACGAGCCCCCUCACUGUCCAUUCUUGAAACUAAUCUUAAAACCCAUCUUUAUUCUUCGGCUUUCAACCCAGCAUGAGAUCCUGCUCUUGUUUUAGUGUCUUAUUGUUUUUAUUGUUAUUGUUUUAUUGUUUUUUAUAUUGUAUUUUAUGUUUUAUGUUGUAUUUCCUAUUUAUGCACAGCACUUUGCCCCAGCUAUGGCUGCUUAAAGUGCUUUAUAAAGCACUUUAAAGCUUACUUGUUGUAAUGUGCAAUUUAAAUUAAAAUGAAGUGCUGCUUUUUCA